CCCGUGGAGUCGCCGCGCGCUGAGACGUCACUUCCGCCUCUGCCAUUUUGACGCUCCAGCUGAGGAGAGGCAAUUGAAUUGCUGCUGCGGCGUUUACGAAGGCAGGGACCCACGGUUCAUUUUACACAUUGUUUAUUGAAAACCAACAAGAAACAGUUUCAUAGCGAGAAGGAAAAGACCCAGAGCCAGGGGAACACGGCUACAUGAGCAGGAUGUCAGACUUCGACAGCAACCCGUUUGCAGACCCGGACUUCAGCAACCCUUUCCAGGAUCCUUCAGUAACUCAAGUAACACGAAAUGUUCCUCAUGCAUUGGAAGAAUAUAAUCCUUUCACAGAUUCAAGAACAGCACCUCCUGGUACAAGCAACAAAAUGCCUCCAGCAACAAACACACAACCAGCUAUCAUGAAACCGACAGAAGAGCCUCCUGCUUACACACAGCAUGCACAGGAUCAAGCUCUGGCACAAGCUGCCUUGAUAAAACGCCAGGAAGAGCUAGAGAAAAAGGCAGCAGAACUUGAUCGCAGAGAGCGAGAAAUGCAAAGUCUAAGCCAGCAAGGAGGCAGGAAAAACAACUGGCCACCUCUUCCAGAAAAGUUUCCUGUGGGACCAUGCUUUUACCAUGACAUUGUGGUAGAUAUUCCAGUCGAAUUUCAGAAGACAGUAAAGAUUAUGUACUAUUUAUGGAUGUUCCAUGCAGGGACACUAUUUCUGAAUAUUUUUGGGUGUCUGGCCUGGUUUUGUGUCAAUGCUUCACGAGGAGUGGACUUCGGGCUCUCUAUUCUUUGGUUCUUGCUCUUCACUCCAUGUUCGUUUGUCUGUUGGUACAGACCCAUGUAUGGGGCAUUCAGGAGUGACAGCUCUUUUAGAUUCUUUGUUUUCUUCUUUGUAUAUAUCUGUCAGUUUGGUGUACAUGUGCUUCAGGCAAUUGGUAUUGCAGGAUGGGGAAACUGUGGCUGGAUUUCUGCACUUACAUGCCUUAACAGUAGCAUUCCUGUUGGUAUAAUAAUGAUUGUAAUUGCAGCCAUGUUCACAGGCUCAGCAGUAAUCUCAUUAAUUAUGUUCAAAAAGGUGCAUGGACUCUACAGAACUACUGGAGCGAGUUUUGAGAAAGCACAGCAGGAGUUUGCUACAGGAGUUAUGGCAAACAAAACCGUGCAGACAGCUGCAGCCAAUGCAGCUUCUUCUGCUGCCCGCACAGCUUUCAAGGGUGAUCAGAUCUAAGGAGACAAAAGACCUUCCUUCUCAUUUACUUUUGUCACUACAUUGUUCACACCAUGUUUGUAUUCCACUUACCAAUACUUGACUUUACUCUCAUUUAUUUAAUGUACUCUUGUAAUUGACUGGACUUGUCCAUUUCACACAGCAUGUAUGUGAAGUUCCUCUAGGCACCCCAAAAACCUGAUAUGUGCAUGGGCUGUAAAUGAAGAAUACUUUCCCAGCGCUAUCUUGAACAGAAUUGUCUAGAUUGUUCCCUUCAGAUGCUGGUAGCAAUAACUCAAAAAUAAAUCUGGAUGAUCGAAGAAACAAAUUCUUAAUCCUAAUAUUAAAAGUGUGCUGCUUCGACUUUCUACUCAACAGCCUGUUCAAUGACUUAGUGGGCUGCUCUGUAGCAAAAUGAGGCUGCAUUUAUAAAUAUUCAGCUCAUUUUUUCUCUAGGUGACUGUUACAUUUGAUGUCCAUGGGAGGGCAGUGUUCUGCAGAAAAUGAAUGUUUGUUUUCCUGUUAUGAACCCAAACAUAACAUAUUUUAAAAUUAUACUUGCUACUCUGCUAUUAAUCUGAAAGUAUAAAGAUAGUAUGCCCAUUUACUCUCUGCAUUGGCAUGAGUAUUUGUGAAAGAUCAGUAUUGGUUGUCUUUGUUUAUAAAAUAUUUCAUUGAUCUUUAGAAACUGGUUACAAUGAAAAUUAAAUCAAAAACAAAAUCGGAGAAGCUAAAUAUAUUAAAGUAUGCAUUUUCAUUAAUUCUGAAUACUUACAAAACCAUCAAAGUUCAGAGAGUUGUUUUAAGAUUUUGUUAAGUACUUUUUUUAAGUGUAUAAACUAAUAUAUGUUUUGUAAAUUUAGAGGUUUGUAAAUUUAUUAGGUACAGUGGAACCCUGUUUAUUUUUCUGAAAUUCAUUUUUUAGAUGUCUAAUACUUAUUUUAUGCACUGCCGUUUGAGGCACCAAGUUAAUUUUUGGAGUAUUGCUGCUGACUAUACUUUGUGUUUAAGCCAGGUAAAAAUCACAGUUAAGGUAUAUUGUGUUAUGCUAAAACACACAAAGGACUGCUAAUGGUAAAUAACAGUUUUAAUCUGUGGAACUGUAAUGAGAGUCCUUGCUUUUUGAGUUUGUUGUACAUGGAAAUGAAUGACACAGCAAUCUAACGGUGGGAUAAAAUUGAGGGAGUGUUACAGCACUUUAUCUAAAAGCUAAAAAUUAGGAUUAGCUAGACAAUGGUUAACUAUAACAUUUAUUAUACUAUCAAUACUGCUUUUAGCAAUGAGAUUUUGCUUUUAAUGAAAAUAGGUGCCACCAAAACAGCAUUCAGUCAAAAUGGAAAAGUCAGCAAAAUAAAGAAUUUAGAUCAUCUUGGAAUAAAAUCAAUAUCCCAUCGAAAAUUGUAUAUUAAUGGCUUUCCAUUCUCCUCAAUGACAGAAGACUUUACUCCCAGCUUGAUCUGAGUUUACAGUUUUUUUUUCCUUUUGUUUUCUUUUAAAUCCUGAAGACAGUCAUGAAGCCUGUGGACCAAGAUACAGUGAGUGGUCACAGUUGUAAUGAAUACCUUCGUAAGCUUCCUAUAUAUACUAAAAUAAAUAUUAGAAGGCAAGCAAGAGCAAAGUUAAAAUGAAGAUUGCAGAGUUGCAGAAAUAUCUUUAGGUCAUCUUAACACUUCGGUGAUUUUUCCAGUAAAGUGUAUUUCAUGACCAUUUUCUCACCUACUGUACAGAAGCUGGCAGUAAUUGUGUUUAGAUAAGGUAUAAAUGGCUCUAUUUCAUGAUGGCUACAAUAACCAGGAAAUCCAAGAUGGCUGUGAUUUUGAAAAUGGAAAUUCUACUGAAGAAUGUUGUGAUGUUGUCAUGUAAAAUAUCAUUUAGGAAACUCUUCUGUGAUCACACUGUAAAUUGAUUUACAUCUGUGUGUACAAGUCAAAACGAUCCCCUUAAAGUAAAAACAAAACAUUACAAAAAAUGCUUGAUUUACACAAACAGUUGAGUCUGUUAAACUGUUGCGAAGUUGUGGUGAAUAUUUUCUGAACUAAAGGUGUGAAUUUUGUACUUUAUUCUCUGACCUUAACUUUUAUUGUUGACCAUUCAGUUUUUAUUUUAUUUUGAACCAACUUUAUAAACAUGGUUCUACUGUACAUAAAAUUCUUUGAACUGGUAUUGUUGAGAUAAAGAGAUUUAAUUUUUAAUGCUUCAGGUUUUGUAACUCGUUAGUCUUACAGUUUGAAGUCUCUAGAAAUACAUCAUUCUCAACACUUGC